UUUUUUUCCUAUGUAUUGUGUGUGUUGAUAUUAAUAUAAAAUACUAUAUAAAAAAGAUCAGUUCAAAUCUUUAAAUAUGGCCAAUGCUAUCCACCCAGUUAAGUUCAUUUUAAAUUAAGGUACAAUCUGGCACGGUCCAAAACAUGAAAUCAGUAAUAUGACCUGACUAUUGGAUCGGGAAAAAUUUGAUUUGAAUUAAGCUAACCUAACCCAAAUUAACUUCUGCUAAAUAUACAAUGUUCAGUAAAUAAGGAAACAGGUGAAUUGUUACAAAUAAUGUCAACAAUAGAUACCCGUUCCUUAAAGAACACCUAUAUAUUCUUACAUAUUUAAAUAGGGGGUUAAAAAUAAUGAAGAAUGUCCUUUGCAAAUAUUUUGUUUAGAGAACAGUUUAUAAUCUAUUUAGUAAUUAUAGAUUUUAAGAAAAACUAUUAAUUAAAACAAUCAUAUUUUGAUUAUAAUUUUUUUUCACUUAAUUAACAUUAUAAUAAGUUUGAUUAUUGACAUCAGAACUUAUAUCACAUGGACUAAUAUUUUGAUAUGUGAUAAUAAUGUUGUUUUUUAUUUAUAAUCUGUAUAUGGAGUUAAUUACAUUUAAAAGAAAACUAUAACAUUACGAAGAUUAGCACAUUUGUCAAUCUAAUUUCUACUGGAGUUGCCAGAAUUUGCUUAUUAAAUUACUAUUUGUCCUGUUAAAUGAAAGGUGCUAGAAAAAUGUCACAGUGUGAUGUCAAUGAAGGUAUACCACUCAAUUCACCUGCAUUUCUUUCCUGGCGAAAAUUACAGCUCAGUAGAGCAAAACUUAAGGCUUCCAGUAAAACAUCAGCAUUGUUAUCUGGUUUUGCAAUGGUGGCAAUGGUUGAAAUGCAAAUAAGUCAUGAUUCCAAAGUUCCUGAAGCAAUGCUUAUAGCAUUUGCAGUAUGUACAACUCUUUUAGUCGCUGUGCAUAUGUUAGCUUUAAUGAUCAGCACAUGUAUUUUGCCUAAUAUUGAUGCUGUAUGUAAUCUUCAUUCUAUAAAUCUUGUUCAUGAAGCUCCACAUGAACGUCUACAUUGGUACAUUGAAACAGCAUGGGCAUUUUCUACACUUCUUGGACUUCUCUUAUUUCUUGCAGAAAUAGCUAUUUUAUGUUGGAUAAAAUUUUAUGAUAUAUCAGAGUUUGCAGCAUGGUCAGCUGUAAUAGUGCUAAUUCCAGUUUUAGUAAUAUUUCUUGCAUUUGCCAUACAUUUUUAUCAGUCAAUGGUUGCUCAUAAAUACGAAGUUACCAUUAGUGGUAUUAGACAAUUGGAACUUUUAAAAGAGCAAAUUGAAGCUGGUGACCUAGACCGUUCUAAUGGAUUAUUAGUAAGCCAAAGUACAACUCAAAUAGUAUGACUGUGAUUGAAAAGAAAAUUAAUAAUUAGUAUAUUAAACAAUGGUGCUUCUAUUAUACUAUACUUGAUGUAAGUAUUCUAAAGAAUAUUUUACUAAAAUUGACUAUUAAAAUAAUACUCGCUUAUCAAAAACUUAACUAUUUUUUCUUCUUUUAUUUUCAAAAAAUUUGACUUAACCAACUUUGAUAAUACUACAUCUUAAUUAUAGUAGAAGUCAAUAAAUAGUUCUACAUUACCCUUUAAAAAAGUAUAUUUAUUAAUUAUUCAUCAUUGUUUAAAAAAUAAUUAACCAUUAAAUAUUUCAAUAUUUUUAUUA